UUCGUGCGGAAACGCGUCACAGGAAGCGGUCGGGCUCUCUCUAGUCCGUUCUUCCGGCAGCGUGCUCGUCUCUUCAGCGCAUCGUGUGAUCAUCAUGGCGUCUCUAUCGAUGGCCCCGGUCAGCAUCUUCAGUCACGGAGCGGAUGAGGAGAAGGCCGAGACGGCGCGUCUGUCGUCCUUCAUCGGAGCCAUCGCCAUCGGGGAUCUGGUGAAGAGCACUCUGGGGCCCAAGGGCAUGAGGAUCGAGAACGCCAACAUCCUGAUCGCCAACACCGGCAUGGACACGGACAAGAUCAAGAUCUUCGGCUCCAGAGUGCGUGUGGACUCCACCGCUAAAGUGGCCGAGAUCGAGACGGCCGAGAAGGAGAAGAUGAAGGAGAAGGUGGAGCGCAUCCUCAAGCACGGCAUCAACUGCUUCAUCAACAGGCAGCUGAUCUAUAACUACCCAGAGCAGCUGUUUGCGUCCGCUGGGGUGAUGGCCAUCGAGCACGCUGAUUUCGUGGGAGUCGAGCGCUUGGCUCUCGUCACAGGCGGAGAGAUCUCCUCGACCUUUGAGCACCCUGAGCUGGUGAAGCUGGGCCGCUGUAAGCUGAUCGAGGAGGUGAUGAUCGGAGAGGACACGCUCAUACACUUCUCUGGAGUGGACAUGGGUGAGGCGUGCACCAUCGUCCUGCGCGGGGCGACGCAGCAGAUCCUGGACGAGGCCGAGCGCUCGCUGCACGACGCUCUGUGUGUGCUGGCGCAGACCGUCAAAGAGACGCGCACCGUGUUCGGCGGAGGCUGCUCGGAGAUGCUGAUGGCUAAAGCCGUGUCUGAUCUGGCCAACCGCACGCCAGGAAAAGAGGCUGUGGCCAUGGAGUCCUUCGCUAAAGCCCUGAGGAUGCUGCCCAUCAUCAUCGCUGAUAACGCGGGAUACGACAGCGCCGAGCUGGUGUCUCAGCUGAGAGCUGCUCACCAGGACAACAAGAGCACCUUCGGCCUGGACAUGAGCCAGGGCGCGGUGGGAGACAUGGCAGCGCUGGGCAUCACCGAGAGCUUCCAGGUGAAGCGGCAGGUGCUGCUGAGCGCAGCCGAGGCGGCGGAGAUGAUCCUGCGCGUCGACAACAUCAUCAAAGCCGCUCCCAGGAAGCGUGUGCCGGAUCAUCACCCCUGCUGAACACCCAGAGCGGCUCGUGUAUUUAUUUAGUCUCGUAGCUUCAUGUGUGGUCGCACCUCCCAAGCGUCGCUUGUGUCUGAAUGUUACAGCUCUGCACGAUGACCUCUGAUCUUUUGUUUACUCAAUAAAACCGUCAUGACUGAC